CAACAACAAAACGGUUAGUUCGCCGAGAUUUCUUGAAGCGUCGAUAUGAUCAACGGUGAUAAUUGUAGUAGGCGGACGGGUUGAAGUUAAAGGUGGUGUUUGUGUCGGUGUCGAUCGCUGCUAUUAAUUCCUAGUCUGAUAGUUGGAAAGCGGUUAGAUUAAUUUGUCCAAUAAGACUUUACGACCCUACUCCGUAUCAUAUCGUCAAAACGAUAAACUAAACAAUCAACCACAUUGGCCAUUGAAGAAAACGUGCUACCCCUUAUUAUCAGGCGAGCGGGAUGUCAUAUCAGUGGAAAAAUUUUUGAUUAUUGGCCAGCGACUAAGCUAACAAAAUAUAUUUCACUAAAAAUACAAAGAGAACUCACGUUAAAGGUUUAGUACGUUGUCGGUGGUGGUGGUCUAGACGUUGGACAAUAUCGGGAUUUAAACGUAAAAACAACAUUUUGCGAACAUUGAACGACUAUAUCAAGUGUGCUGUAAAUUAAAUGCCUUGAAAACGAAACAAAGAAAAUGAGUUCCGUGAAAUAUGUUCUCUGCGCGGCAGUGAUUCUGCAAUUCCUGGCCACUGGAUUUGCUGGAAAUGUGGCCACAAACACAACAAUAAAGGACAUUGAAGAUACCAACGUUUUAAUGGAUUAUGAAGCAAAUGUGCCAACGUGGUCGGUGACCUUUGGCGAGGUGCUGUUGAAUAUGUCCAUGUUUGAAGUUCGAACAAUUGAGUUCGAAAUACACAACAUAGAUCCAAGCUGGUCUGAAGGCUAUGAAUUUCACAUUCUCACCAUGGAUCAUGAUCUGCUCAAGCUUAGCCAUAACAUAUUCAAGCUGAAAGACUUGCAAUCGGAAAACAAUGUCUGGAAGGGUAAUUUCACAGCGGAAGCCAUAUUUUUGGGUCGCAGUGAAAUCUAUGUGGAAUUACAUCUGCCCUCAAGUGAGGGGCAACAAAUGGAAAUGGCCCUGGAAACUCUUGAGGUGAUUGUCCUACGUCGCAUUGGCACCAUGGAUUUUGUGUUUCAAGUUUUGGUGGGCUGUUUUGUGAUGAUAUUGUAUGUAAAUUUCGGAGCCGUGCUGGAGCUGGACGCAUUGAAACGUAUUCUUAUCAAGCCGAUCGGCCCGGCCAUUGGUUUUGUGGGCCAAUUUAUUGUUAUGCCAAUUUUAAGUUUUCUCAUUGGCUAUUUUCUGUUCCAUGACAUGAUCGAAUUGCGUUUGGGUUUGUUCUUUACGGGAUCUACACCUGGUGGCGGUGCAUCGAAUAUUUUCACCGUGGUAUUAAAUGGCAAUCUAAAUUUGUCCAUAACCAUGACGGCCAUCAGUAAUCUGGCAGCAUUUGGCAUGAUGCCAAUAUGGAUAUUUACACUGGGUGCUCUCAUCUUCAAGGAUGGCAAUUUGGCAGUGCCUUACAAGACAAUUGCGGCCAUGUCAUUUUCAUUGGUUAUACCAUUGGGCAUUGGUUUGGCGCUGCAGAAAUACGCCCCCACCGUGGCAAAGAAAAUGUCCAAAAUAACAAAGCCUUUGGCGUUGAUUUUUAUUAUUGUCAUCACGGGAUUUGCAUUCACCGUCAAUUCGUAUAUGUUCAAGCUGUUCUCGUGGAAGAUCCUGGUAGCCAGCAGUGCCCUACCCUGGAUUGGCUACAUAAUCGGCUGGCUAAUGGCCAUUGUUUGCCGUCAAUCGCCUCGUGAUGCCCUCACCAUUGCCAUUGAGACGGGCAUACAAAACACUGGCAUUGCCAUAUUUAUGUUAAGUUUCACCCUGCCCCAGCCACAGGCCGAUAUGACAAGUGCAGUGCCGGUGGCCAAUUCCAUGAUGACACCCAUACCGUUGCUCAUCAUCUAUUUGAUUAGGAAAAUCUUUUGCCGCACCAGUAUCGAAGAGGUGGAAGAACCACCGACAAAAGAGGCUAAAAUAACCGAAGUAGAAGCUAUUAUGGAAAAGGGCGAACGUAAAGUUGGCCAAAAGCUAUGAAAACAGAAAAACGAACAAAUCGAUAAAUCGUGAUAAUGAGAAUGUGAUUAUUUCUAAGAAAUAAUAUAAUUUAUUUUAGUAAAAAGAAUUGUUUGUACUUAUUCGUUUAGGAGUUAAGUUUUGUUAUAGUGAAUUAUAUUUGAAAACAAAAUAGCUGCAAUUUUAGUAAAUAAUUAAC